AUGGCACUUCUUCAGCUUAUUCUAGUUUUCAACAUUCUCCUCUUUGCUGGGAGCUCAUUGAGUCUAGUAGAAUCAGUACUCACCGAUGGUAGAAGGAUGAUGGUAGUAGGGAGCAACGAGACAGAUCGACUUGCUUUGUUAGAGUUUAAGAAACAAAUAGUUGAUCCUUACGGAGCACUAAGUUCUUGGAACGAUUCCAUCUAUUUUUGCAACUGGGUAGGGAUUACAUGUGGCACCACCCAACAACAACAACAACGGGUUAUCAAUUUGGCUUUAGAUGAGAAGAGCUUGGGAGGUAACAUAUCUCCUUCAAUAGGGAAUCUCACUUUUUUGCAACACCUCAGCUUUGAAAACAAUAGCUUUCAUGGCAAUAUCCCCCAAGAAAUUGGUAAUCUGAAUCAACUACAGUACAUUUCCUUUCAAAGCAACUCUCUCCAAGGAGAAAUUCCUACCAGCUUGGCCAAUUGCACUCUUCUAACAGAACUCUACUUCACCUUUAACAAUCUUGUGGGGAAUAUUCCAGUUGAAUUCACCUCUUUGUCAAAGCUAGAGAUAAUUUCUAUUAAUUUUAAUGGCUUAACAGGAGAAAUACCAGCUUCUUUUGGGAACAUUUCCUCCUUGAAAAUUAUCUCUUUGACUGGAAAUGGACUACAGGGGAGCAUUCCUGAAUCUCUUAGUCAGCUAACAAACUUAUACUAUCUAUCACUUUCUCAGAACAACCUGUCUGGUAUGUUCCCUGUCUCACUAUAUAAUCUCUCAUCUCUUCAAACUAUUUCUCUCCAAGGAAACCAACUGCAGGGGAGCCUUCCACAAGACAUAGGCCUCACUCUUCCAAAUCUCCAAGGACUAGAAAUUGGAUCAAACCUUUUCUCAGGGAGCUUUCCAAACUCCAUUUCCAAUAUUUCAACACUCCAAGGAAUUGAUCUCUCUCUCAACAGUUUUAUUGGAUCAAUCCCUAACAACUUAGGAUAUCUUCAAAAUCUUCAAUUUUUCUUUAUUGAUGGAAAUCAAUUUGGAACAGGGGAAGGUGGUGAUUUAAAUUUUGUAAAUUCUUUGCUCAAUUGUACAAAUCUAAAUUCUGUGGACCUACAACUUAAUAGAUUUCAGGGUCCCCUUCCCAACUUUAAAGCCAAUCUCUCAACACAGCUCUCAAUCCUUGCUUUUGGAAGGAAUCAAAUCUCUGGAACCAUUCCUGCUGGGAUUGAGAAUCUCAUGAACUUAACCUUAUUGGACAUGGAGUUUAAUUUUCUCGAAGGUAAUAUUCCAUCUGGUAUAGGGAAGCUUCCGAAACUUCAAAGAUUGUUCUUAACUCUAAAUAGACUUUCAGGACAAAUACCUCCUUCUAUAGGCAAUCUCACUCUUUUGUAUGAACUUCAUUUAGAUUUCAACAAUUUGAAUGGAAGCAUUCCUUCCAGCAUUGGAAAUUGUCAACAAUUACAAUACAUAACCCUUAACAACAAUAGCCUCCAAGGUCCAAUACCUACACAACUCUUUCUUAUUUCUUCCUUAUCAGUGUCUCUCGACUUGUCUUAUAAUUCUCUGGUCGGUUCCCUACCAAUAGAAAUUGGUAACUUGAAGAGUCUUUCUACAAUAGAUAUUUCCAAAAACAGAUUGUCUGGAGAAAUCCCCUCCUCCAUUGGUGAUUGUAAUAGUUUGCAACAGCUUUAUAUGUGGGGUAAUUUCUUUGAGGGAAUCAUUCCUCAAUCUCUGAGUCUUUUGAAGGGGCUUCAAGAUUUAGAUCUCUCAUACAAUAACUUAUCAGGGCAAAUCCCGAUAGAUCUACAAAAUCUUUUAGCAUUGCAGAGUUUGAAUUUAUCAUUCAAUAAUCUUGAGGGGGAGGUACCUGCAAUAGGAAUCUUUGGAAAUGCAAGUGCGAUUUUAGUGAAUGGAAAUGAUAAGCUUUGUGGGGGAAUUGCAAAGUUACAACUACCUACAUGCACAAACUCUGGACCUAUACAGCAACCAAACUCCAAUGCUUUAGUUUUGGCGAUAAUCGGUGGGGUUCUUGGUUUUCUUUUUAUUUCUUCCGUUCUUAUUCUUCUUUGGAUAAGAAGAUCAAAAAGUAAACCUCCAUCCACACCAUUAGCCGACGAUGGGUUCUUAAAGCUUUCUUACAGAGAACUCUUCGAAGCUACUGGAGGAUUUUCUUCAACUAAUUUCAUAGGUUCCGGUGGUUUUGGCUCUGUAUACAAAGGGAUUAUCGGCCAAUAUGAAACUAUUGUGGCAGUCAAGGUAUUCAACCUUCAAAAUCCUAGAGUUUACAAGAGCUUUAUGGCUGAAUGCAAAGCAUUAAGAAACAUUCGACAUCGAAAUCUUGUCAAGAUUUUAAGUUCCUGUUCAAGUCUUGAUUCAAGAGGAAAAGAUUUCAAAGCCCUUAUUUAUGAGUUCAUGGCCAAUGGGAGUCUAGAUGAUUGGUUGCAUCAACCGAUGGAGGAACAUAAUCAUUCAAGGAAUUUAAGCCUUCUUCAAAGAUUAGACAUCGCAAUUGAUGUGGCUUCUGCAUUGGAUUACCUUCAUUGUCAUUGUUAUGAAACAAUUGUUCAUUGUGAUUUGAAGCCAAGCAAUAUUCUACUUGACAAUGAUAUGAUUGCACAUAUUAGUGAUUUUGGUUUGGCACGGCUACUUUUUGAAUCUGACGACAAUUCAUCCCAGGCUCAAAGUAGUACCAUUGAGAUAAAAGGAUCCAUUGGUUAUGCUGCUCCAAAAUAUGGCAUAGGUGGAAGGGCAACUAUACAAGGGGACAUGUUUAGCUAUGGGAUCCUCUUAUUGGAGAUGUUUACAGGAAAAAGACCAACGGAUAAGAUGUUUACCGAUAACUUGAAUCUCCAUAACUUUGUAAAGGCAGCUUUACCUGUUUGGAAGGCUACGAAUAAGGCUGUCUUUGAGUUCAUGGAGCCGGACCUGCAAAACACUAUGGCUGCUUUCAACAUUACUGUUGAAGAGGGUCAUCUGCUUCUCUCUCGAAGGCAUCUGGGAGCAGCUCUAAUCCCUCUCUUGUGGAUUCUUUUCAUUCUCCUCAGUCUUUCUCAAUUCUCUCUGAUGCUGCUUGGAGUUCUCUGUCAUCAGGGCGGCAGAGACUUUGUGAUCAGAGAUUCAGAAAAUGGAUUCAUUGCUGCUCAGUGCAAAGCAGGCUACUCUCUUUUGGAAUCUGCCUGCUACGGAAGCUGA